CAAAUCGCUGUAUAACCCCGGAAAUAACAAGCUGGUGUUUGGUGUGUUGGGAAAGAAGUACGUUUUAUGCGCUUCGUACUUCACAAUAAAACGGGAAAAAAUCAUUCUGAGUACUUAUUAACCGAAGUUUAAAACCCAUUAUUACUUGUCAAAUGGCCUCCAAACCAACAGCACUGCGUCGCCAGAAGGAGGAUGUGGGGAUUUUGAAGCAUCAGGACUUAAAUAAAGUUACUACAAAUUCAAGGGCCAAGCUGCACACUGCUCAGACAUCCAAAAGAGGAGCUGAAAACAAAGACCCCAAUGAAUCUGCCAAACCUGCAAAGGGGGCAAAUGACUGCAAAGGUGUCAGUCGGCUUCCUGUACUUGUGAAAUCGAUGCACUCGGCUGUAACAGACAUAUCUCGAAAUCCGGCUCAUCAGAAAUGGGAAGAAAGGCCUCUCCUGGGUAAAGCUCAAAAGAGGAAGACCUGCACCAAGCCUGUCCCUUUCAGUUUGUCAAAGUCUCGGACCCUCAACCAGAGGGGCACUGAACCAUCAACCGCACCAUCAACCGAAUCUGGAAAUCCUACAACCCAUCUGACGCAUACACUGGCAAAGACACCGAGCGUCUCUCGACACGAAACUAAAACUAGAGCCGCUACACAAAAUGCUGUUUUUGGAGGAAAAUAUACAGAAUACACCAACACUGUGGUUACUAAUAAUGUUUCUUUGAUGGCAGAGAAUAAACCGACUACAGCAUUUAAACUGAACAGCCCAGGGAAAGGAAAUGAUCUAAUCUCAACCAUUCAGAAGGACUUGAGUACAAAACUGGGAAAGAUCACACUUGCACACACAGAGCAUACCAAAGAUGGAAGGUUUUCUUCUAAAGCUGUUGGGUUUGAAGACCAAGCAGAUUGCCGUUCAAACAGUAAACAGGCUAUACAGACUCUUUUAUCUGCUGAUUGUAAAACAGGUGUGUCUGAAAACGUGGGUAAUGCAGUAGCUAAUAGUCAGACUCCACGUAUAUCCACGUGUCCAUCUGGACCAGGCUCCAGCAUUUACCUGCCUCAGAGAGUCUCUGUGAAGAAGAAGACGAAGAAGGGCUGUGGUGCCAAGGCCAUAUCAGAAAACACCGUGCCGUUCUCCCCAGACCCAUCAGCCCUCUGCAGUAUUCUGCUGAACGAGGGAAUUAAAGUCAGAGAUUCUGAUGGAGCAACACCACAGGUGUCUACCUGCCUUUUAGGCAGAGGCACCUCCAUUUACUCUGCUCAGAGAGUGCCCAUGAGAAAACCUCAGACACACACCGCAGCAUCAGUCGGAGAACCGACAGCAGGAGAAGUGUCGUUCUCCCCUGACCCAUCAGCACUUCGUAGUAUUCUGCACAAUGAGGGCAUUAAAACGGGCAGUUCUGGUGCAAUGACGCCUAGAGUACCUCUCUGCCCCUCGCGAAGGGCCACCUCGAUUUACACAGCUCAAAGAGUACCGUUGAAGAAAGCUAGAGCAGAAGAGGCAGCACAAACUGGUAUCAGCCAAACUCCUGUCAGGAAGUGGACGCCACAGCGGGUUCCAGCCUCCCAGUCGCACUCUGUGAGGAGGCUAAACUCCACACAGAAGACACACCUUCUCAACAUCUCCACUGGAUUUGGUGAAACACAUGACCCCAGCAUGGCCAGCUCCUCCCAGCAGGAACAGGAGGAAGUGGUCCAGAGGUUAUUUCAGGAAGAACCAGAGCAUGAAGAGAACGAGCUGAUGGAGGACAGUGGAGACGAGGUUACUUCGGGUCAAUCGCUGCAGCAUCACCAGUCUGCCGGAUGUGAAUUAAAGCAUGGAGGUGAAACAGAAACAGCAGAAACAGAACGCUACCAUUCAGAAAAAGAGAAGCUCCCAGCAGCGCAGCCGUUCAUCCAGGCACCACACAGGCAGUCAGUCAUCGUGUUUUCAUCUGGUCAGAAGCUGUUGCCUCAGAACGGUGCCUCAAUUCAGACAUCUCAGCAUGCAGCACAGCUACAGCUUUUUUCAGACCAAACCAGCAGAUCACAGAGUGGAUUGAACUCAGAAACAGAUAGACCAGUUUCUCCUGGAAAGCAAUGCAAGACAAAAGCUUCCGGCCUCAACUUGGCCGUGUUUGCUCUGAGACGCCGUCUGCCACCCCUGGAGGAGAUGUUUCUGGAUGAAGAAUGUGCCAUGUACACUUCCCGACAGCAGUCAUGGCCGACCCAGCACCGCUGCUACAACCCCGUGGCUUCGACACUCCUCUUUCAGGACUCUACUUGCUUUGUGCCCAUUAUUGUGACCAGUUCAAGCCUCAGCCCUGUUCCCCAACUAUCCUCAUCAAUCACAGUGUGAAGACUUAAUACCAGCAUCUGAGUGUUUAUGUAGAUUUCCUAAAAAUGUCUUACUUGAAGUUUGUCAGCUUUGUUCUUCAUGCCAUUUAUUCAGUUUGAACAGUAAGAUUGCUGAUCUUGACUCUGACGAGACGCACGAGAACAUUUUAAACCUAAAGAGAUGAGUGAAUCCGGUCAGUGUCACUACUUAGUAAAUACAUGAAGCAAAAUAAAUGGACAUCCGAUGUAAUUCUUCUUUAACUGUUUGCCAGACCAUGUUUAAUGUUAGUGUUUACCAGCCAGUAUUAUUUUUUGGGUUUUUUUUUAACCACUCCCAUAUGCUCUUUAGAUUUACACAACUAACUGACAUCCUUAUGUAGUUUUCUAACAUUAUACAUCAAUCAUUAAAUCUUCUGAAGCUCUAAAUCCAAUUUUAAAUGAGGUUUGCAAGAUGGCUUUGUAUUAUGUGUGUAACACUAAACCUGCCCAGCUUUCAGAGCUAUGUUUGCUCAUUAAGUGACUUGGGUCAUCGAGUAUCGUCCCAAAAGGCAGAACGCUAUCAGCACAUUGUUACUUAAGCAAAUUAAGCAAAUUAAGUUUAAGCAAAUCUGCCUGUUUUACAGCUCAUUUAUUUCUCAAGCAAUUAUCUUUGUACUUAUAUUGUCUAUAUUUAAUUAAAAAAAUGUAUAUCAAGGACUUCAA